CCCUGCACCAAACAAAGCCCCCAAGCCCGACAGCACCUCUCUUGGGAAAAAACCGGUAGGAAGCUUGAAAUUUCUCCUUCUUUCUUGUUCAAUAACAAGUUUUAGGACUUAGAACUCUCUCUCUCAACCCAGAAAUUUUAGAUCUGCUGCUGCCUUCUCCUUCCUUUCGCCACCGGUUGCUGCUGUGGGUAGUGGGUUCGAUUUUCUGGUAAGGAACACAACAUGAACUUCAUCUUUUCCGCCUUAAUUUGGCUUGGGUUCACUCUAAGCUCUUUUAAUUUCCUUCAAUUUUGGGUUAAUUCCAUGAGCUUCCCCUGCACUUCCCGCCGGUCUCCCCAAGCCACAGCUCCGAUUUUUGCUAGGAAAUUUUGGUAUGUUGACGGCUCCUCCAAGCCCGAAAUUUCAUCAAUUAGUUGCUGAAUUUUGUCCAUAAAUUGUUGCUUGUGCUGUCUGAAAUUCUGGAUUAAUUAAGGGAGGAAUUUGACAGUAAUUAGACCAUGAUUUAGCUUAAUUCAUGUAGGAAUUAGUUUAUUUUGGCUGUUGUGAUUUUUGGAGAAAAUCCCGUGAGAUUAACUAUGGUUUUGCCCAUUUUUGGAAGUUGCAGUUACUGUUUAUUGCGUGAUUACUGUUCACAGUCACUGUUUACACACUGAUGGCCAACAAUUAACGGGGAUUAAAUGUUUAGUUUGUAAUAUAAAAACAAAUUUGGAGAUGUCUGGUCAUGUGGAGACUGAUAGGAAUAGCAUCGUGAUUAGGGGUAGUCCUAAUGAUGAUUUCAUUUUGAAUUUGUGGUAGUGUGAUAUUAAUUAUGGAUAUUUUGAUUAGGUUCUUGAUCAUUGGUUGCCCUAGCACUUGGGUCAAGUCAUUUGUUUUACAUGAUUUGAUGUAAGUAAAUUUAUGGUAAUGCCCGUACAGUUUUUAAAAGUAUGUUUUGACUUGUUUUUGAAGUGAUGGCAGGACUAAACUUGUUUUAUACAAAAUGAGCAUGAUUGAUUUGAAAUAACAGAUGGCACAUUAACUUGUCAACAAAUCACUGAAUUUUUU